AUGCAACUGGGAUUUACUCGAUCUACAGCGCCGACGUCUUCGUUCAACCGUCUACCCAGCGAAAUCGUCCUGGACAUUUGCAACCGCUUAUCCCCAUCUGAGCUCUGGUUCAAUGCGCGCCCUAUUUCCCGUCAAUUCUAUAGCUGCGCUAAUGAGGUGCUACUACGGAAAUGCUUCUAUCAAGAACAGGUCCGCUUUUCUUGGUGCUGUUUUUGGUGCAGCCUUGGACGCUCCCCCUUGGAUGCCGCAACGAGGACCAUCGCUUCACUGUUUGGGGACGCGAGGAAGCUGCGCAUACAGUGUAUCAGCGACCAAGCUUUGCUCGCUAAGCUGGCCUUUGGGGAACUGUGCAGCGCGGUUGUGAGGGCAGAGCAAAAGAUCUAUGUGUCUAUUGGUAAUGGAAGCGAUGAGGUUGCGAUGACUGCUGUGGAAUGGCAGAGACGCAUGGAAUGUCUGCCCAAGAAUCUACAAGAGCGCCGGUAUGACUUCCUGGUAUUCUAUUUUGCUCGACUGGGGAGGAAAGCAAAGACUUGGCAUAUCGCAGCAGGCCUUUCAUCUGUUGUGCAUGCGCUGGGCUUCAUUGUGGUGGGUGUGGUCAUUACGGUCGUCAUGGCCGUUGCCCUGUUUGUUUUCUGCAUCGUCUGGGAAACGGUGAAAGUGGUCAAGAGCUUUUGGGCAUUCCUGGAUGGACUGAUAGAUAUGUGCUUGCCGGAUCGAUUCAUGCGAGACUAA